GCCCAUCUCUCUCGCCGAUCCAUGCCUUCACCAAGGUACAGUCUUCAGCCCGGAGAGGUUGAACUCUCCCGCCUGGACAGCUCCGCGCCCUCCAUCCUCAGCGAGCCACCGCCGUACGAGGAAGUCCCCGGCUUCUCCUCCACCUUCCGACCUACCGUCCACCUCCAGAUCGAAACCACGGGCAAACCGCUCAUCUCGCUUCCCCUGCCUCUUCACACGGACCCCAUCCCAAUCUUUUCCCUGGACCAUCAAGAAGGCAGUUCCUCGGCAGCAGCCCGCCACACACCCAGAUUCAUCUCCAUCCGCCCCGCCCGGUGUUCCGGGAGCAGCUACCUCGUCUCGGCCGAGGACCAGCGGACACUGAGCACAACGACCUACUUCUUUGGCCCCAACCGCCCGCCCAUCGUCCGCUUGUUCCACCCGGCUUCCCCGCCCCUGUCCCAGUCUGCUGUCGACGCUUUGCUCUUCCCAGGUAAAAGAAAGGGGGAAGAAGAGGACGACCAUGAGGAGGCCGCCUGGGACAGUUUCAAAGUGACCUCGCUGGGCCUGCUCACCCGCGCGGUAACCUUUCGCAGCAGGCUCGGGACCUUUGAGUGGCGGUAUGCGUCGCGCAGGGAGCGCCAGGCUGUUCACGGAAAGGAAGGAGAUGAUGAUGACGACGAGAUCUCCAACAUGCUCGUCCUGGAACGGGUAGUGCGCAUCGCAACCGCCCAAUCAUCUCACCUCACCAGCAGCAGCAGCAGCAGCAGCAGAAAUUGGAUGAAGAAACAGAAGAGUGGCAACUCGGAAGAGGUGCGCACGGUAGUCGCGCGGUUUCUGCGCGGGCCGCGGUACCGGACGCCGGGAAGCUCGGCGAGCAGCGCGGGCAACGGGGGCCGGUUGAUGGUUGACCCAAGCUUGUGGGAAAGUGAGAAUGGUGGUGGCGGAAAGGGGGAGAGCGAGAUGGCCAUGGUCAUGAUUGUCACGACAUGCCUGGUUAUGCUCAAGAAGGAGGUCGAUCGGCGAAGGGCCCAGCAGAUGGCUGUCAUG